AAAUUCAAAAUAUUUAAGGCCGCACACUUAAAAAAAAAAAUUAGAAAAAAAUCUAAACUUCGAAAACGCUUGCAAUGAAUACGAAAAGCGAGUGCGCCAUCCGCCCGUUGUUGGCAGUAUCCAGCCGGGGGAGCAACAGUGAAAGCGAAAGCAAAAACAACAAUUGUAGCAGCAAAGCCGUCAGCAAUAGCAGGAAGCCGUUAGAUACCCCCGCCGCCACUAUGCCGCUGCUGGAUCAGCGCUUCUCGCAGCCAGUACAGGGCGUGUUUCCGCAGAAGCGGCAGGAUGUGCUGAAAUGGUACGGCUGGGGCUACAAAGACUCGCAGUUCUACGCGGAUAAUGGCGUCAUUGGCUUCAAGGGUGACAAGUACCCGCUGGAAGGCUGCACCCUACCCUACUUCACCGACUGGGUUCACAGUAAAUUCAACUUGCGCGUCAGCAAUAAAACUGCAUACCCAAAAAUGCCUACCGAAUUCCCGGCACCCACCGUAAAUGCGUCCUUCUUGCGCGACCUGGAAGCGACCAAGCUCGCGUGCUCGCGCUCUGGCGAAGAUCGGCUGAUACGUUGUCACGGCCAGACGCUGCACGAUAUCUACCUCCUUUGGCACAAUGAGUUCAAACGCAUACCCGACAUUGUCGUCUGGCCGCGCAGCCAUGAGGAUGUUGUGCAGCUGGUCGCGCUGGCGCAUAACCACAAUGUCGUUGUUAUACCCUACGGCGGCGGCACUUCGGUCUCUGGUUCCAUAACUUGCCCGCAGGGGGAGACACGCAUGAUCUGCGUGUUGGAUACUUCGCAGAUGAAUCGGAUGCUGUGGCUGAAUAAAGCUAACUUGACUGUAUGCUUUGAGGCGGGUAUUGUGGGGCAAGACUUGGAGCGCGAACUGCGCAAACUCGGCUUGACUGUCGGCCAUGAACCGGACAGUUAUGAGUUCUCGACGCUUGGCGGCUGGGUGGCUACGCGCGCCUCGGGUAUGAAGAAGAACGUCUAUGGGAAUAUAGAGGAUUUGGUGGUGCGCAUGCGCAUGGUUACCGCUACUGGCGGUGUGCUGGAGCGCGAAUGUAUGGCACCACGCGUAUCGUGUGGCCCAGACUUCAACCACGUCGUCAUGGGCUCUGAGGGCACACUUGGUGUAGUCACCGAGGUGGUGCUGAAGGUGCGGCCACUGCCACCGGUCAAGCGCUACGGAUCGCUGGCCUUUCCCGAUUUCGAUAGCGGCGUACAAUUUAUGCGCGAAGUAGCGCGUCGACGUUGUCAACCGGCGUCGGUGCGGUUAAUGGACAACGAACAGUUCAUUUUGGGACAAACGCUGAAGCCAGUCAAAGGCUGGCUCGCCAAUUUUUUCGAUGCUUUGAAGAAGGCGUAUGUUACGGUGUGGAAGGGACUGGACUUGACGAAGAUGUGUGCGGCCACAUUGCUGUUUGAGGGCGAAGCGGAGGAUGUGCGACGUCAGGAGGCGCUCAUUUACGAAAUUGCAAAGCAGUUCAAAGGAUUUCCGGCAGGUGGUCAGAACGGCGAACGUGGCUACAUACUGACUUUUGUUAUUGCGUACAUAAGGGAUUUCGCACUAAACCAGCAAAUUGUUGCCGAGUCCUUUGAGACAUCUGUGCCCUGGGAUCGCUGCAGCGCGCUAUGUCGAAAUGUGAAGCGGCGCGUGGAAGUUGAAUGUCACUCUCGCGGCAUUAGGGACUUCCUUAUAUCCUGUCGCGUUACACAAACGUACGAUGUGGGCGCGUGCGUUUACUUCUAUUUCGGCUUCAAGCACACUGGCAUCGCCGAUCCUGUCGCAACAUUCGAAGCGAUCGAAACCAGUGCUCGCGACGAGAUACUCGCAUCGGGCGGUUCGCUCUCGCAUCAUCAUGGCGUUGGUAAAAUACGCAGCAAAUGGUAUGAGAAAACCGUGUCAAGCACGGGCAGUGAGCUGUAUUUGGCGGCGAAAAGGCAGUUAGAUCCCAAGAAUAUUUUCGCUGCGGGCAAUCUGCUAACCGAGCAAAAAUGGCAAGAGGAGAGCCAAAGGAGUGGCGAAGCAGUGACGCCACAAGAUACCACCGUUGCGCCGAAUUCAUUGGUCAAGGCGAAACUUUAAUGCAUUAGUUGGAAAUUGGCUUAAGCGAAUGUAGCGGAAUUGAUUGAAAGUGUGUCCUUUUUUACUUUUGUAAUAGCGCAAGGUUAUGUUUGUUGUUAUGUAACAAGAACUUAAUUUUUUUACUUAGAAUUUUUUUUUUAUCACUUGCCAUAUUUUCUGUACACAAUAGUAUUACGAGCGGUUUAGUAUAGAUACAUAUGUAUGUAUAACUUAGAAGUUAUUUGUUCUGUUAAUAUUAUUGUUUCUUAAUUGAAUAAGAAUUAAAUUGUUUAACAAAAAAUAUUUCGUUAUUAUAAUGAUCCAAAUACAUAAUGGUUUUUGCUUUUUGUAAGGUU